GAUGAAUGUGCCAAAGAGACCUUCGAUUGUCCAUCUGGUUUUAAAUGUAAUAAUACUUAUGGCGGCUACGAAUGUGUCUGUCUGUCAGGAUUCAUCAUUGAAGACAAUGCAUGUGUUGACGUUGAUGAAUGUGCCAAUGAGACCUUUGAAUGUCCAUCUGGUUUUAAAUGUAAUAAUACUUAUGGCAGCUACAAAUGUGUCUGUCUGUCAGGAUUCAUCAUUGAAGACAAUGCAUGUAUUGACGAUGAUGAAUGUGCCAAACAGACCUUCGAAUGUCCAUCUGGUUUAAAAUGUAAUAAUACUUAUGGCGGCUACGAAUGUGUCUGUCUGUCAGGAUUCAUCAUUGAAGACAAUGCAUGUAUUGAUGUGGACGAAUGCUUGAUAAAUCUAUGCGAAGUAUUAGAAAACUGUACUAACACAGAUGGCGGUUUCUCUUGUGAGUGUGGGACGGGAUUUGAACGUGAUGCUAGCGGAGUCUGCGCUGACAAAGACGAAUGCUUAGAAGAUCCGUGUGGAGCUAACGUAGAAUGUAUGAAUACGGUUGGCAGCUUCACUUGCGAAUGUAUUUUAGGAUUUGUUUUUCUCGAUGAUGCAUGCUUAACUGGAAAAUCGUUUCGUGGGAAAAUGCUUGUUGUUGAAGUGAACGAAUCGAAGGCAUUGGCAGAAUGGGAUGAAGCGUUGGCAGAUAGCUCAUCAACCAAGUUUAAACUUUAUGCCAAACAAAUGUGUACGAUAAUAGAAGAUGUGUAUGGUAUUCUAUUAGAAACGGCAGCAGAUUUUUACGCCUGCACUAUACUUGGCUUUUUGGAGGGCAGUAUUAUUGUAGUUUACCAACUCGAUUUCUACACUAGGACAAACAGUAAAGGUGACAAACUAUUACAGAUGCUCUUAGAGGAAGCGGAUAGCGACAAUCGCUUAUAUUCAACAGAUUUCGGAAUCAAUAUUACAAUUGACCUAAACUACGAAUAUGUAGGGGAAGAUCUUCCUAUUAAUUGCACUGAGUAUUGCUAUAAUGGUGGCGAGUGUAAAAUCGAUGACUUAUUCGAGCGAUCGUGCAGUUGCCUUGAAGGCUUUGCUGGAGAUAUUUGUGAAGAAAAAGAAGCAACAGAUGAUGACAUUGCUGAGAUAUUUAUAAUAGUGGCAUCUUCCGUCGCUAUUGCUCUACUACUUGUGUUCGUUCUGGCUGUUCUCUGUGUUCUUGUCAUUGCAAAGAGGCGGAGGGCUAAUCGUAAGAAACUGGUCAAAGGGGUCGUCGUACGCAAUCAAGCCGCAAACCUACCGAGACUCUCUUCGAGUUUCUAUGAUUCAGAUUCAAUCAUAUCUUUGACUAGUGACAAUGACUCAAGAAUUGAUCAUCUUUCCAGGGUUAUACGAAACACAGUGUAUAUUAAUAAGCACAUGAGGUCAUUGGCAGCCUAUCAACCGGAACCGCCGUCUGAAAACUCUGAAUUUACAAGACCAUUCGUUGCAACCGGUGAUGAGGUGUUGAGUUUUCAAUCAAGUUCAACACCGUCAUGGUUAAACGAACAGUUAAGUUGAUCAAGAAAGAUGGAUCGUUAAUUCCAGCUGCUGAAGAUAUUUUUUAAGAUGUUAAUUAUAGUUAUAUUAAAUGCCAUAUAUUAUUAUUUUAAAUGCCUUAGUCGAAUUCUCACAUUUGACAAAUCAUAAUUAGAUUUUUUCGAAGAUUUUGCUUUUACUUAUUUCAAAAGCUAGAUAAUUUAUAUAAUAUACAGAAUAUAGUAUCGAAUAUAUAAUAUAAAUGAGAAUAGUUCAGUAAUAGCAGUGCUCUGCUGCAAUGUAUUACAUAUGCGCAGCUGCUUCGCACUAUUAAGGCAGUUUCUUCAAUAUAUAAUUUGUAUACUUCUACGCAUAUUAUAUAUAUAUUAUAUGAGAUAUAUUAUUUUUCUUAGUCGAAUUCUCAGAUUUGACAAUUCAUAAUCCAAUUUUUCGGAGAUUUUGCUUUCCUUGUAUUUAAAAAGCUAGAUAAUUUUAUAAUAUACAGUAAUAUAACAUGAAAUAUAUAAUAUAAACGAAUAGUAAGUGAUAGCAGUGCUUUACUACAAUGUAUUACCGUACAUAUGCGCCAAUGCUUCGCACUAUUAAGGCAGGUUCUUCAAUAUACAGUUUUUAUACUUCCAUAUUUUACCUAACAUAAUUACAUACAUUUAUAUAUGAUUUACUAAUCUUGUAAUUAAUUUUACAAAUAUUUUGCCAUAUAAAGGCCAAUAGUUUUAUAAUAAAUAUAAUUGUGCAUUGAA